UUUUCCUUUCGUGUUUUAUUUUUCGUUUCUCAGAGGGAGAGAGAGAGAGGCGGAUGCGGGAAGAGGUGAUUAGCUCAGGGACGGCGGACGUCGUCGCGCUCGCUAGAUCUUCUUCUCCUCCUCCGACACCAGCAGCGAGCAUUUCAGAAAUGAAAUGUAGCUAUCUUCUUCUCAAGCAUAUUGCCACUUCUUAUAGUUCUGUUGGGGCAUCCUCUCCUGCUGCUCCAACAAAUGCAACCAGCAUUGAUUGGCUUGGUAGCGUCCAGGGUUCCAAGGUUGGGUCUAUAUCUCGUGUUGGCCCCCAACUGCCUCGUACUUCAAUGAGCACAAGUGCUUCUGGCUCUGCUCUGGGAACUUCAGAACCUUCAUGCCGACCCUGGGAACGGGGGGACCUACUUCGUCGUCUUGCCACGUUCAGGCCUUCAAAUUGGUCUGCAAAACCAAAGGGAUCAAGUUCACUAUCUUGUGCUCGGAGAGGAUGGAUUAAUGUUGACACGGAUGUGAUUGAAUGUGAAUCUUGUGGUGCCCAACUCACCUUUACCGUAUUAGCAUCUUGGACUUCUACAGAAGUUGACCAGGCUGUGGAAACAUUUGCUGAGCAACUUGAUGCUGGCCACAAAGAUUCUUGUUCUUGGAGAGGAAAUUGCUGCGCUGACAGUUUGGUGCAAUUUCCUCCCAUGCUUCCAUCAGCAAUUAUUGGUGGUUAUAAAGACCGUUGUGAUGGCCUUUUGCAGUUUCCCUUCCUUCCAGUGGUAGCUUCAUCUGCUAUUGAGACUAUGAGGCUCACCAGGAGCUCAAAGAUUGAUCACAUGUUAGCUCAACCUAGUGGUUUUUUUUCUGGGGAGUUAGGUUGUAAAGAUGAUAACAAUACAAGCAGAAAGGUAUCUCGAGACUAUUCCUCUUGUGGUCAUUUGCAUGCACAAAAACUUAUAAGUCUCUGUGGAUGGGAACCUAGAUGGCUUCCAAAUAUUCAAGAUUGUGAGGAAAACUCCGCUGAAUCUGCUAAAAAUGCACACUCAGUUCAUCGUGCUGAAGAUGAAUACGAUCGUGCUGAUUUUCGUGUCCUUAGUAAGAAUGCAUUGAUUGCUUCCAAAAAUCAAGAAAAAGGAAAGGGGAAGGCCUCCAUUGAAGAACCAAAGUACAACACAAGGUCACCUUUACUUGAUUGCAGCUUAUGUGGUGCAACUGUCAGAAUUUGCGAUUUUUGUACAGUGCCUCGUUCCGCUCGAUUUGGUGCCAACAAUACUGAUAACCCUGAUGUUGGUAAAAAGUUAACUUUGACGCGAGGUGUAAGUGCUGCUAGUGGUAUCAAUGGAUGGGUUGCUGCAGAUGCUAUGGGAAAGGAGCAUAUUGAGGAACGAGAUGAAGCAGCAAUCGCAGAUGACGAUAAAUCACAGUCAGUUGUUGGUGUGGAUUUGAAUCUGACUAUAGCAGCAGGUUUGCCAUCCCAUAAUAAUGACUUGCCAGUAAUGCCUGAGCGUUUUGACGAUGGUGGUAUGGGAAGGGAUCUGAUAAUUGGUCAGCCUACUGGAAGUGAGGUUGGAGAUCGGGCAGCAUCUUAUGAGUCAUGUGGUCCAAGUUCAAGGAAGUGUAGCUUGGAGGAUGGUGGGAGCACUGUUGACAGGCCACAAGACAGAAUUUUGCAUGCUGACAGUAUAGAAGGAACUGUUAUUGAUCGAGAUGGAGAUGAAGUUGAUGAUGACACACAAUAUUCAGGCGGACCUAACAAACGGGCUCGUGGGUUUGAUAUUUUUGAUACAUAUCAUCCUUUAUCUAGGAUGGGUUCAUCUGGUGCUGGCCCCAGCCGCAAUUUAUGCUUUGAUAUUGUUGAUGCCAACAGAGUUGAAUCCAAAGAAGAGAGUGACAUGGGUGUUGGCUUCCCGUCUCACAGAGAUUCUGCCCGUGCUUCGUCUGUUAUCGCAAUGGACGUCAUUUGUAGUGGUGAAGAAGAUUCCAUGGAAAGUGUUGAAAAUUACCCUGGAGAUGUUGCAGAUAUCCAAUUUCCUUCACCUACCAUGCAUAGGAAUCUUGAUAUGAAUGAUGCUUUGGAUUCUGGUAAUCAAAUUCAGCAAAAUGCAUACAUACAACAUGCUGCUGCAAGUGUUGCUAGGGAAGUUGGGGGUAGCAGUACUGUUGAAGGGGAAGAAAUUGUAAAUGCAGAAACUGUCACUGCUUAUGCGCGGGAUAGGAUAAGUCUAGGCAUUAGUGCUGGAAGUGUUGGUAUGGGUGCAAGUCAUGAAGCUGAAAUUCAUGGAACUGAUAUUUCUGUGCAUAGGCCAGAGAGUAUUGUAGGUGAUGCAGAACCCAUUGCGGAAGUUACGGAGAAUUUAGGGCAAACUGGUGAGUCCACCCCAGGACCUGCACUGGUGGAUGAUUCUCUUCGACAGCCAGUCAUUAGAGAAGAUCCUCAUGGCUAUAGCCAGGAGAUGAUGUCUCAAUCAGUUGGAAGAGCUGACAGUGGCUCAAAGGUUUAUGGUUCACUUAAAGCUGACUCAGUUGAAAGUGGGGAGAAGGUAAGUCACACCUUAGGUCCAGAGAACAGUGCACAUCCUUCACUUUCUUGCAAUGCUAUGAUAUACUCAGCAUAUGAAGUAUCUAAAGAAGAGGUAAAUCAGAGGGGCAAUGUGCCAAUUACUGAUGAAUAUGGACUCAUGAUGUCUGGCAAUAUUCCUGGAAAUAGGAUAGGAACAUCUAAUGGAGAAAAUGGAUAUUAUGUGGAAAAUGAAGAGUUUGAUCCACUUAAGCACCACAACUGCUAUUGCCCAUGGGUCAAUGGAAAUGUAGCUGCUGCUGGUUGUAGCAGUGACACUGGAUCCGCAUCAAAUAAUUCAGAAGUUGCCUGUGGUUGGGAACUUACUCUGGAUGCCGUGGAUACUUUCCAGUCUCUUGGUCAUUUACCAAACCAAAUGAUGCAAUCUGAAUCAGCUGCUUCUCUAAAUAAGCUGAUAAAGAAAAGUGCAUGCUUUGGAACUUAGCCGAUUGCCUAAGCUUUUGCCAGACAUUAGCCAUUUGUAAGAACUUUGAAAAAUUAGCAGCUCAUCAUUUGGCACUCAGGUGAUUGUCUAUGAUAGCUGUUCCAGCGAAACAGAGAACGAUGAAAAUAUGUUCUAUAUCCCAACUAACUUUGGGUUACCUAAAUUUGUUUAGGGUGCCUGGAGAUAAUUCACUACCAGUCUCCGUAGCUGCCAUGCUGACUAGUUUAUCUACAUAUCAUUUUAUGACAUCUACAUGAAACUGUGUGGAAAGUUAGGUUAUUGUGAUAUCUAAAACUUCACCAAAUCUCAUCGUUAGGGAAAUUGUAGGUGCUCCAGUUAAUGUUCAAUCUCCAUGCUAUUGCUCAAUUAAUUGAUGUUUGUUCAGAUUAUUAGUUAGAAUAGAUGGUACUUUAUAUUUCAUUUUGCUCUCCCUCUCUGUCGUAUUCAUUCACCGUGAAGCUAUUA